AUGGAUUCUGAGCGUCAGCCAAGAAAAGACAUGGAGUCCCUCCCUACUGGCAUUAGCGAGGAUGUCUCGGAGGAUUCCACCCUAGAUGAGAAGGCAGAGAGGGCUUUGCUCCGGAAGAUCGACUUGUACAUACUGCCGUUUGUUGUCCUUCUUUAUCUGUUCAGCUUCCUUGAUAGAGUGAACAUUGGCAAUGCCCGCCUGUACGGGAUGGAAGAGGACUUGGGCCUGGUUGGGAAUCAAUACCAGGUUGCGGUGUCGAUUCUCUUCGUGACUUACUGUCUGUUUGAAGUGCCAUCAAAUCUGGUCAUCAAGAAGCUUCGGCCAUCGCGCUAUAUCGCCUCCAUCGCCGUGAUAUGGGGCAUCAUCGCCACCCUCACCGGCAUCACCCAGAACUAUGGCGGGCUGCUUGCUUGCCGUCUUCUACUCGGUGUGGUGGAAGCCGGCCUCUUCCCAGGUCUUAUGACCUAUCUCACGCUGUUCUACGGCAAACGGGAACUCGCGCUACGGACCGGCUACCUGUUCAGUAGCGCAGCAAUUGCUGGUGCCUUUGGCGGCCUCCUAGCCUACGGUAUCGGUUUCAUGGAUGGUGUUAGUGGGCUCAAAGGCUGGAGAUGGAUCAUGAUCAUUGAGGGUAUCCCGACUGUCGUCCUUGGAGUGUUUACUUGGUUCUUCCUUGCCGAUGACCCUGACACAGCCUACUACCUCAACGAAGAGGAAAGGGCUCUCAUUGUACGCCGCCGGAGCCGUUAUGUUGGCCAGACCGCGUCUGCUCAGAAAUUCCACUGGGCGGAUGUCAAGGAAGGUUUCUUGGAUUGGAGGAUUUAUGCUUUCAGCCUAGGCCAGUUUGGCGUUGAUACUAUGCUCUACGGUUACAGCACUUUUCUUCCAACUAUCAUCAAGGGAAUGGGGUCAUGGUCAACACCUGAGGUUCAAGCUCUCACCAUUCCCUGUUAUGCCCUGGGGGCCCUGGCGUAUCUUGCUGUUGCAUGGCUCAGUGAUCGGCUCCAGCGCCGUGCGUUGUUCAUCUGCAUUUUCAGCGUCAUCUCCAUGGUCGGUUAUGGAAUUCUUAUUUCCGACUCCUCGUCCGGUGUGCAUUACUUCGGAGCAUUGCUUAUUGCUCUCGGUCUGUACGUUUCUGUCGGCUUACCCCUCGCGUGGCUCCCGACGACACUGCCACGGUACGGAAAGAGAACGUUGGCUACAGGUAUGCAACUUACUUUCGGUAACAUCAGCGGCGUGAUGUCGCCUUUCCUAUAUAAGACUACGGAGGCGCCACGGUACGUGCGCGGCAAUGCCGUGACUCUCUCGAUGGUUGGUUUCGCAGGCAUUGUGUAUGGUCUCAUGUGGCUUUAUUACCAUCAGGAGAACAUUCGCAGAGCUAACGGCCUCAAGGACGACAAAGUUGCAGGCAUGACGGAGGAGGAAAUCGAAGAGUUGGGUGAUAAAAGUCCUCGAUUCCGGUAUACUACAUAG